GCAUUAAAUAUUCACCUAGUAAGUGCCAAUCGGUAGUGGUAAAAAAGAGAAGUGCGUGGGUUUGUGACAACACAACAGAGUUCUCUUAGAAGCGACAGUGUUUUCGUUCGUUCGUUUAUUCCGCUAGUAAGAAUAACAGAGCUGUAUUGAAGCGCUAGGGUUCCGAAACAACGAUCAACAAAGAAUCAAUCUGUGAUAAGCGCGAUGGCGAUGGCUGCUGCUCUCCGACGCGAAGGGAAGCGUUUGGCUCCUCUCAUCUCUUCUCAACAACCAAUCAACACCACUCUCCGAUCCUCUCUCAUCUCUCCAGAACAAUCUUCCAUUGGAGGAGCUCGCUCUAUUUCAACUCAAAUCGUGAGAAACCGGAUGAAGAGUGUGAAGAAUAUCCAGAAAAUCACAAAGGCAAUGAAGAUGGUUGCUGCAUCCAAAUUACGAGCUGUUCAAACUAGGGCUGAAAAUUCACGUGGUUUGUGGCAGCCAUUUACGGCUCUUCUCGGUGAUGCUAUAAGUAUUGAUGUGAAGAAGAAUGUUGUUAUUACCGUUUCUUCUGACAAAGGUCUUUGUGGUGGAAUCAACUCCACAUCUGUCAAGAUAAGCAGGGCAUUGAGCAGGUUGAAUUCUGGACCUGAAAAAGAGACAAAGUACGUCAUAUUGGGAGAGAAGGCUAAGGCUCAAUUGAUUCGUGACUCCAAGAACGACAUUGCACUCAGCUUGACUGAGCUGCAAAAGAAUCCUCUGAAUUAUACUCAGAUAUCCGUCUUGGCUGAUGACAUUCUGAAGAACGUGGAGUAUGAUGCACUGAGGAUUGUUUUCAACAAAUUUCAUUCGGUUGUACAAUUUAUACCUACAGUGUCAACUGUACUAUCCCCAGAGGUUGUUGAGAGAGAGGCUGAAACUGGUGGAAGGCUUGGUGAACUGGAUGCCUAUGAGAUUGAAGGGGGUGAGACAAAAUCAGAAAUUCUUCAGAAUUUGUCAGAGUUCCAGUUUUCUUGUGUCAUGUUCAAUGCAGUGUUGGAGAAUGCCUGCAGUGAGCAAGGAGCAAGAAUGUCGGCCAUGGACAGUUCUAGCAGGAAUGCUGGGGAUAUGCUUGACCGUCUGACCCUCACUUACAAUAGAACUCGUCAAGCAUCAAUCACCACUGAAUUGAUUGAGAUUAUUUCUGGAGCAUCAGCACUGACAGGUUAAUUGCAAGAUAGCAAUCUGUAUUAUAUUUUCAAAGAUAGCGACGAUAUUAAGAUAAUAUCGGUGGGUUUCUUUUGAAAUUGUUGGUUCACCAUUUUUUUUUAGUUUUUGUCUUCUAUAAUAAUCAUUUCAAGGUGAAACCCACUUUGGGGAUUUCUUGGUUGUCCAGAUUGUUCCGAAAUUGUUUUUGAUGUUGAGGUGGAGCAUGUCUUUUUAACUCAAAUGAUUUGUCAUGAUAAUUUUAUUUCCAAUAACGAUUGGCCUUUGUUUCUCGUA